CUAAAUUUUGUGACAGAAACAUGGAAUUUCGGGUACCUUCCAUAUCAACGCUCGCCCCCCAAGAAGGAAUGGGCAUGAUUGCGGCCACAUCGUCGACGCGGUCAUGAAAUUGUUGUCCAAGACUGCUUGGUCACUCUCAAAGGCCGCAGUUAGGUUUCCUCUUCAAACGAGGGCGGCAAGCUCCUCAGAUCAGGGGCGAGUUUACCGUACUAUCCGUGGAAAGGAUGCUCGGCCGGAUAUCAUACGAUCCGGACUCGAAAAUGAGGGCCAACGUGGCUCGACGAACCGGCGGAGUUACGAUCUCUUCGGCUCCCUCGUGACCACCCGAUUCAGAUAUGUCCUCGAACGCAUGGGAGCAUGGACGCCAGAGAAUGGCCUAUACCGAUCCUUUGGCAUCCGCAGCCAGGCUGAUUUGAAUCGCGAAGCCAAACUAUUCGACCGAGCCAUAUGCAAUGCGAUUCACGGAGCUAGUCGCAGGCGUUUGACCGGUCGAAAUGACAACCCUCUCUACUGGAAUCUGCGCAAUGCAUUUGUCCGUGGAGAUGCAGGAGGGUUGGAUAGGGAGCUCAAAUAUUCAUUUCAGAGCUUCUUAUUGCGCUUAAAGUUCUCGAGGGCGGUCAACGAAAGCCACAAGAAGCUUGCAGACCUCCGCUUUCCGUAUGAGUGGUUCCCCGAGACGCGUACCAUGCAAAGGACAAUACAUCUCCACGUCGGCCCGACGAACUCGGGGAAGACAUACAACGCCUUGAAGGCCCUAGAGAGUGCAAAGACGGGAAUCUACGCCGGCCCACUACGGUUAUUGGCUCAUGAGAUCUACAGCCGCUUCAAGGCGAAGGGAAUACCCUGCGCCCUCGUCACUGGCGAGGAGCAACGCAUUCCCGAUGGGACAGACCUCUACUUUUCCAGCUGCACCGUGGAGAUGUCGCCGUUGGGCGUUAGGGUUGAUGUCGCCGUCAUUGACGAGAUCCAGAUGAUCGCCGACGAGGAUAGGGGGUGGGCCUGGACGCAAGCAGUUCUGGGCGUACAAGCCCGAGAGCUACAUCUUUGCGGCGAAGAACGGGCCGUUGAUCUCAUCCAGGGCUUGUGUGCCAGGAUCGGUGACAAAUGCGUAGUGCAUCGCUACGAGAGACUUAACCCGCUGCUCACCAUGAACGAGAGUCUAAAGGGAGAUUUUAAAAGUCUGCAAAAAGGCGACUGCAUCGUCUCUUUUACCAGGGUAGGCCUUCACACUCUCAAGGCCGGCAUCGAAGAAGCGACUGGGCGCCGAUGUGCCAUCGUCUAUGGCUCGCUGCCUCCGGAAACCAGAGCACAGCAGGCUGCACUCUUCAAUGAGCCAAACAAUGACUAUGAUUUCCUCGUUGCCAGCGAUGCCAUUGGUAUGGGCUUGAACCUGGAAAUCAAGCGGGUUAUCUUCGAAUCCGUCUCCAAGUACGACGGGUCUGCGCACCGCAGCCUCUCAAUCCCCGAAGUCAAGCAAAUAGGCGGCAGGGCGGGAAGAUAUCGUACUGCUAGUAGGGAUAUCAUGGAGAGCGGCGGCGACACCACACCCGCGCAGCUUGAGGUAGGUUCGGUCUCGAGUGCCGGCCUAUCUAAAACGCCACUAGCCAGCAACGAGCGAUCAGUCGGUCUGGUUACCACUCUGGACGAGGAGGAUCUGGAGUCGAUCAAGACGGCCUUCAAGACCGAUGCUGGGCCACUCAAAACCGCGGGAAUGCUUCCGCCGGCCUUUAUCAUCGAGCAGUUCUUCUCAUAUUUCCCGCCGGACACGCCUCUCAGCUUCGUCCUGGCAAGGUUGAGAGAAAUGGCCAAACUCUCGGAAAGCUUCGAGAUGUGCGACUUUGUAGUUCUGCUGGACGUUGCCGAUGCCAUCCAGGACCUGCCGCUGAACAUUCAUGACCGGUGUAUCUUCUUGACGGCGCCAGUGUAUAUGCGGGACUUCAAGCAGAGGGAUGUUCUGAGAGCUCUGGCACGCUGCGUCGCGGAGAUGAAGGUUGGCCAUCUACUGGACAUCGAAGAGAUAGAUCUGGAGAUCCUCGACAUUGAGAGGGGCACGGCCGAUCUGUCGGAUAUCGACUACCUGAGGCGCUUGGAGGCCCUCCACAAGUCCAUCACGGUGUAUCUGUGGCUGACCUACCGCUACCAGGGGGUGUUUCCCAGCCAGCACCUCGCUUUCCACGUCAAGUCGCUGGUCGAGGGCAAGAUCACGAACUACCUGGAGAACCUUGGCUUCACAGUCGAAGGAAGAAGGGCACAUCGUAAGAUUGCGAGGAAGCUUGUUGAGAAGCAGAAGAAGAUCGAACGACGACUGCUAGGGCAGGAAGAUAACGGGCAUCGGAACGAAGAAGCCCUCGAGGAGGAGCCUUUGAUGGAUGACGAGGAAGAAGCCGAGGCCGCUAUUGGAGGAAACCCCAUCCCCGAUGAUGGCCAGAACAGAGGCAACAAUGAAGCCCGAGUAUAGCCGGGCUGUAAUUACAAGCGCUGUAUACUACUUGUACAUUACUAUAGGUACCCACGGGGUUUUUACAGGUUUUGGAGGGCACAUGGUCUUGGAGUCACAGGUUAGAAAGAAGACCUGGGUUUGGACGCCAUAUUUGUACACACAAUACAGAGGACAGGGCAACGGGAGGCCCUGGGCCCUGGCACAACCCGCAACUCAGAGAUGUUAAUAAAUAGGUAUUUAAGCUGUCCCA